AAAGGCUGCGCUUCUCGGCAGACUGCUACAGACAAGGGAAGCGCUUCAGCUGGUACGGAGCCCCGUACGGCAGCGGCGGACGCAGACAAUAGCACAAGAGGGCUGUAUAUGCGGGGAGGAAAGCGCUGCGUUCGGAUGCCAUUUGGAUUUACCACACUGUUCAUCCCCACGCUGUUUUUGUCACUAAUGCUGAUCGGAUACUUGAAUUGGUGAUUUUUCACACUAACGCCAUGAGUGGGCUUCUCAAGAGGAAGUUUGAGGAGGUGGAUGAGGACCCCUGUUACUCCUCACCCUCACCCUCCUCCCUCUCCUCUGCCUGCUCGGGCUGGGACUCGGAGGGGGAGAGCUGCUACUCGGACACCCUAGAUUCCACUCCCAGCAACCCCAGCUCCCCAGCAACAAAUUUCAACACCACAUCCAUUCUUAAGAAAUCCAAGAGACCCCGGCGAGGUAAUGUGACCUUUGACCAGGUGACGGUGUUCUUCUUCCCACGGUGCCAAGGUUUCACCAGUGUUCCCAGUCGAGGAGGAUGCACAUUGGGAAUGACACAACGACACAGUGCACUCCGCUCUUAUACCCUCGCUGAGUUUGCUGUGGAGCAACGGCUCCUGCGAAGGGAGAAACUGCUCAACAGGCUCAGGGAGGAGAAGCUGGAGGCUCUCAAACUGAAGCUGACUAAGAAUGGAACCCAGGAGAGUGAAGAAGCAGAGAGGCUAACGGUGGAUGAUAUCCCCGAGCAGGACAUCGACAUCAGUGGAGCCAACCUCGAUGAAGGUUCUUUCCUGCAGCCUUACACGUCGAAACGCCGCUACGCUCUACUCAAAGCAGCUGGCUUGAAGAAGAUUGACAAAGAGGAAAAGAGGCAGCUGCAUGAGCUGAGACUCUCCAGGGAGAACUGUGGCUGUGACUGCCAGGGCUUCUGCGAACCAGAGACCUGUAGCUGCAGCCUGGCUGGCAUCAAAUGUCAGAUGGACCAUUCCUCUUUUCCAUGUGGCUGUACCAAGGACGGCUGUGGAAACACAGAGGGUCGCAUCGAGUUCAACUCCACCAGGGUACAGACGCACUACAUCCACACUAUCAUGAAGCUGGAGCUGGAGAAGAGGCUGGAGGAGCAGUCGGGCACAGAGGAGGAGGAGGAGAAGGAGAACGUGACCGGGCCCGGCCAGUUACAGUCCCUGCCCUCCUUCCCCUUCAGCUCGGAGCUGGCGUCGGCCGGAGAGAACAGCUGCAGUAGCGAUAUGACAGACUUAUCCGACUCUUCGGGUCACAGCGAGGACUCUGAGGCCGGGGAGAGCCCAUGUGAUCACUGCACGCAGCUGGAUGUAGACGAGAAAGGCCUGAGCCGCAUCCUGAGCUUCAGCGACACCGAGAACUGCUCGAGGUGUAGCAGGGACAGUGGGGACGGUAAGGACAUAUGCUGCUCAGAUCAGCGACAAGAGCAGCAGCAGCAGCCGUCUACGGAGGCAUUCGGUAGCUUUAGCAUGGCGGAUUUUGCCGACGAGAACGACAACAUAGACGCUGCACUGUUGGACACUGAGGACGAUCACACAGACAAUCGAGCAACAGCCAUUUCAGAACUUUUAGAUGAGAAUGCCAACCAGGGAAAUGCUCUUUUCCACAGCAGUAGCGUGCCACACACGCCGUCGCCCACCGUCGACCGCACUGCGAGCUACAACAUGGACUUGAGCCUCUCUUCUGAGUCAGACCUGGAGUUCUUUGACGGCUUCCCCUGUCUGGGGCCCAGCUCGCUCUACAACUCCCUAAAGGAGUACGAACACAUGGACAACUUUUUUCAGUUUCAGUUGCCUAGUUACCCCAGCCUCCCCGCCGCUAGCGACCCCGGGACCUGCCUACUGGAGUCGCUCAUUGGCCUUUCAGAAUCCGUCCCAGAACCCCCUGCCACAUUUACAGACAAUCAGCUGUUGGAGGAAGCCAUGAAAUUGUCUGUGAUGGAGUCUGUGAAAGUUUGACGUAAAAAAAAAAAAAAAAAAAAAAGCAAAACUUGUGGACAGUGCAAGAAGUAAAGGUUUUGGGGUGGACUGUACAUGCACAUACAGUAAGAUGUCAAUGUAAACAUGUUCGAUUCUGGAGGAAGCUGUGAUUUCCCUCUUGCCUAACAAAUGUUCAAAUUGCCUUCAAAAUGUUAGCAAAGCAGUUUGGGAUUAUUGCUGUGUGAGAUGGCAGCUAAAUGUUCAAAAAAAAAAAAAAAGAUAGAGGGAAAAAAAUGAUCAAUUAAACCAGGCC